AGAUACGACAUAGUUGCAUUGACUACACAAGACGAAGAAGAAAAUGCGAACCAUUUGGUUGAUUGUGUGGAUGGUUUAGUUACGCUAAUAUUCGUUCUAGACAUCACUUUACAAAGAUGCCCUAUGCUAACCAACCCACCGUAAAAAUCACCGAACUUACAGAUGAAAAUGUCAAGUUUGUUAUUGAGAACACAGAUUUGGCGGUUGCUAACUCUAUUAGACGUGUCUUCAUGUCAGAAGUACCCACUAUAGCAAUCGACUGGAUCCAGAUAGAUGCCAACUCAUCAGUAUUGCAUGAUGAGUUCGUCGCACACAGAGUUGGUCUCAUCCCGCUCACCAGCGAUGACAUUGUUGAAAAAAUGCAGUACUCCAGGGAAUGUACCUGCGAUGAAUUCUGUCAAGAGUGCUCCGUCGAGCUGACGCUGGACGUUCGCUGUACCGAUGAGAAGACGCGCAACGUCACCUCGCGUGAUCUGCUGUCCAACAACCACAGAGUCAUCCCCGUGACUUCCAGGAGUCGAGACAACGAUCCCAAUGACGAUGCUGAACGAAACGAGAUUUUGCUUGUGAAGCUUCGCAAAGGGCAGGAACUGCGACUGAGAGCCUACGCCAAGAAAGGCUUCGGUAAAGAGCACGCCAAGUGGAACCCGACUGCGGGAGUGGCGUUCGAGUAUGACCCCGACAAUGCGCUGAGGCACACGGUCUACCCUCGCCCCGAGGAAUGGCCCAAGAGUGAAUAUUCGGAAAUUGAGGAGGAUGAGGUCCAGGCUCCCUAUGACCCCAAUGGAAAACCAGAAAGGUUCUUCUACAACGUUGAGUCUUGCGGCUCCCUGCGACCCGAGACCAUCGUCAUGUCUGCGCUGGCAAUCCUCAAAAAGAAACUGAGCGACCUGCAGACGCAGCUGAACCACGAGAUCCAGAGCGACGUGCUCACCAUCAACUGAAGGUGCCCCGCCACGCGCCGCCCCGGGACCUGCAGGGGCCCUUUCAGAUUGCACAGUAACCUAAAAAGCAGUUUUUUUGCAAUCACGUGGAUCCUUGCGGACAUUUAAACCUUCCACUUGACCGAAAUUGUGAAAAGGGGUCUAAUGCAAGGUUCGUGGAAACCAGGGGGAUUUGUCUCAUAUUCUUAAAAUUAGUUUACUGUGCUCAUCAGUGACACAACCACCGUAUUUUACAUUCAUAUUUGCAUUUAAUCAUUUGAAAUAAAUACAGUAUGAAGAACCUGCUCAUCUCAUUACAAAUCCAGUUCACUGCAUGUGUCAAACUGUGACCUAAUACUGUACGUACAGUUGGGGGAGUAACUAUUUGAUCCCCUGCCCAUUUUGGAAGUUUACCCCCUUGCACAUGUAUGGUAUGAACACUUUUAAUGUUAGUUUUAUUGUACCUAAAACCAAUAAACAGUGUAGCUGAUUGUAUUGCAAUCGCUCCUCCACAGUAACAUUUUACAAACGUUCACAAUAGAAAGAAUCCAAAAUAACCCCCAAAGUCAAUACCAAGACAUGGCAUUUAGUGAGCCACACGACUGUGCUCCCAACUCCCUUGACAUCAUCAACCAGGUGGGCUGCUCUCUCACCUUUCUCACCAUCAUCCUUACCUUACCCCACCAGGAGAAAUCUUGCACGGAGCUCCAGAGUUAGGAUGAUUGAUUAUCUUGGAUUUCUUCCACAUAUCAGUGAUCGGACCAAUAGCGCUCUCUUUCUCACCAAGCUUCUUCUUCAUGCCCUUGCAGGCCAUUCCAGUCCGGUCUUGUACAGGUCUACAAUCUUGCUGAUGGUCUUGUCGCCGAUUUUGAUCUUGCACAAGUCAUUCUGGUCUUGCGUAGGUCUACAAACUUGCUGAAGGUCUUGUCACCCGUUCUGGUCUUUCUUAAGUCAUAGUCUUGCUGACUGUCUUGUCGCCCAUUCCGGUCUUGCGCAGGUCUACAAUCUUGCUGAUGGUCUUGUAGCAAUUGAAACAUUUUUAUAUAUAUAUAUAUAUAUAUAUAUAUAUAUAUAUAUAUAUAUAUAUAUAUAUAUAUAUAUUUUCUGUCACCACAAUAAUGUCACCUAUUAAACAUCAUCGUCCGUAAACCUAUUAAAUCCAAUACUUAUUUUCCAAAGCGAAAGAGGGCAACCACAAAUCAACAUGUUUAAGUUGUAUCACUAUUAUGAAAUAUGUACACAAGCAGAAAAAUUGAUUUAAAAAAUUAAAAAAAAAGUAGUUUUCUCUGUGUACACACACACACGCACACACCAGCAAACACUCACAUGCUGAAAACAUCUCCAUUUGAUUUUAAUACCGAUGGGUAUAAUAUCAAAGGUAGACAAAAACAUGUACAAAUUGUUUGCUUACCUGUAUUAUCAGUUAUUUAUAAAUUAUUACCCACUUGUGAAUGGGUUAUAAUGGGUGAAAACACUAAUGGGUCAAUUUGUGUUUUCUGCAGAAAAAAUGGCUUAUUUUCUGAGAAAUAAAAUAAAAUCUGACCAAAAAUAAGCAAUAUGCAAAUGUGGCUGGCCGUGAAUGCUGAAUUACGAAUGUACGGGGAUCCACUAAGUUAUUUAGUCACAGUAAUGCAAGUCAGCCAUAUUGGUCACUAUGUAUUCAAAGGUAAGGGGACUUAUAUUGUUAGCAAUACAGUACUGGUAUUGCAGCGAUCUGGCAGUCACUGUGUUUGAGUACCCCUCCAUUGUAUCUGCCAGCAUGAUGUAAUGGUAAUAUCGCUGGCGCUUAACACAGACAACUGUGGUUUUAAACGCUAGCACGACACUUUUUAUUAUUUAUUUUUAAAUCAGUGUCUGCCAAAAGAAAUUCUGGCAGGUUAAGUCCCCAACUGAAGGCCCAGGAACCAAAUGCACCGCCCGCGACUGGUGUUUAAAGCAUGUUGAGGAUCGGCUGCCGAGCCGCUGUAUUUUGAAGAUCGGAUAUCAUCGGCUUCCGCCACGAGAUCGGGCCGAUCCGGUUGCCGUAUAACGUUCGCAACUCUGGGCCACACUCCAACAUGGUAGGUGCGGAAAUGCACCUCAAAGCUGAUAUUCGGGCUUCGUAGCUACAGUGGUAGUUCCCUCUCACUGUGCCCAGGCUGCUGUGUCAUGGUGCGGGGAGCCUGCACGGGAAGUGCUGGUCUAACCACUGGUUGUUUAUGCUAGAGACCAUCAAUAAAUUACUAUUGUGUUGAGAAGAGUUUGUUUAAAAAAAAAAAAAAAAAAAGUCAUAUUUCUAAAUCACACCACAAAUUGAUCUGUAACCAUGUCAAAUGAUUAGUCCUACUCUAAAAGUAUUUUGCACGCCAAUUUGAUCUUUUAUUGGCUCUUUUAUGGUAUUAGGGACCUGACUCAGAGGUUUGUUACAAAAGCCAAACAAUAUUUUUGGUCAUGCUGUGUAAUAAAGUCAAUUCAGCAAUACUUUGGUUGCAUUGUUUUUAAUGCUUUGAAGAGCUAUUUUCAUAACCAUAUUAAAUUCCACAAAUUAAUGUUUGUAACAAAAAGUUAUUAAAAAAAAAAUAAAAGGAUCGGGCCCGGAAAGACCUAUACAAAAAAAUUGGAUCGGAAGCCAAACAAUGUGGAUCGGGACAUCCCUACAGCAUGUAGGAGAAAAGGUGCGCUUGAUUUGCUCACUCUACAGCACAGUACGGAUAAUUUAGCCCCACUGGAGCGUUUUAUAAAACAAUGAUCGGUUAUCGGAUUCCUGAAUAUGAUGUCAUAAUUGCUUCUUAUUUGUUGUGCACCCCUACGUAAAACUACAACUAACAUUUAGCCUGGUGGGAAUGAUCAUUUUAUUCAUGUAAAAAAAAAAAAAAAAAAAAAAAACAAGGCAGUCUUUCUGGAGACAUUUUCUAGCCGAAAGUAUAAAGAGGAUCAGUAAGAUGUGUUUUAGAAAAAGAUUCAAUGAUGUAAUCGCUUGCACUGAUUGUGAAGCUCGAUGCAUAUACACCUGCUCAAUGAUACACACCCACUGGCUGUGUCUUAAAUGGAAUACUUCCCCUUCUUUUUUGGUGAAUUUGCAACCACUCAAGUUCAUCCCUCCCCUUCCUCCCCUUCCCGACAUUGCCAAGAUGGUGUCCCCUGAGGGGGAUAAGUGUGCAUCAAUGUACACUCAGCAUUGUGAGUGUUCUGAGUGCAUCAUCCUGGUGCACUUCUCAGUGUGAAUGCACUUACGCACUCAAAAGGGGGAAAGUACGCAAGUGCGCCACUUGAGACACAGCCAUUGUAGCGACCCGCAAGAAAGCACAGUAAGUACGGAUGGUCUGCGAUCCUAAACUUAUGGAAGACGUGGUUAUAUGAAAGAAGUACAACAAUUAGAUAAAUAUACAAAAGACAAGGUUAUAAAAUAUAAGGCGCAUACUCGGAUACGUUAUAUACAUAUAGGGUUUAGCCAUUUAAAAGACAAAUUACACCCUCAGUGGAAAACUGGAAAAGCUGCAAACAAGUACGAUAACAAGAGGUCUGUACGAUAACUUUUGAAAGUCAAAUGCUGGUCAAACUUUGAUUCCUGCUCAGUAUGUGGGAUACAUUUCCAUGGCAUGGCACUGCUGCAUCAUUGGUCCAGGUCGUUACUGUUACGGCUGCCGGGCCGAUAGUGGCGCUGGCAAAACUCCCUGAUCCGACUGCACGCUUCCACCAUCAUCUGCUCCGGCACGGUCACCACGAUGCGGAAGAAGUUGGGAUAUUCAAACGCCUGGGGAGAAGAACAGACUGCAGGCGUCACAUGGACUGGAUUGAGGCGGAGGUUGAAGAGGAUUUUGAAGAUCCUACCGUGGCGGGAAGACAGAAAACGGACUGCUCGGUCACCAUCUGUUCAGUGAAGUCCACGUCAUUGUGGAAAUCUGGGAAGCGAUCCAUGUCGAUCCCAACCUGAGCCAACACACAAACACGUUCCUCGUGGCUUACUCUCGCAUUCAGAUGUAUUCCAUCCCAUUGUUAAUGUAUUUAUAUAAAUCCAGUGGAACCUUGGUUAGCGUCAUUCAUUCAUUCCAGAUGGUCCAACUCUAACCAAAUACAUUUUUCCCAUAAGAAACCAUGUAAAUCCAAUUCAUCCAUUCCAGAAAGCCAAAAAAUUAGCAAAGUGAGCCUUUUCAAGCAUAAAUAUUGCUAAAUGAACUAUCAUACAAU